CUCACAUUUUCUUCUUCUUCUCCUUCACUCUUUCCUUCAUCCUCUUUUUAUUUCCUCCUCUCCCGGCUGCUUUCGGAGGCGCUUACAUGGUGAAGAAAACCGGCCAGAAGCUCGAGUCUCCGUCCGACCUGCGCAGCUGCUUUUUGUUCUGCUGGAUUUUUCUUUUUUCCUGUUGAUUUUUCUUCUUCUUCCUCUUGUUUUGCUCCGGUGGUCGCACGGCAGCGGCGGCGGCAGCAGUGGUUGCAGCGUUGGGGCCCCGGAGAUGUUCGGGAUCCAGGACAACCUGCCCCGCGGGGCCACGGCCAGCAUGAAGGAGGAGCCGCUGGCUGUUCGCUCCUGGAUGCACUCGGCCGGCGUGGUGGACGCUAACACGGCCGCUCAGAGCGGGGUGGGUUUAGCCCGUGCUCACUUUGAGAAGCAGCCUCCGUCCAACCUGAGGAAGUCCAACUUCUUCCACUUCGUGCUGGCGCUGUACGACCGGCAGGGUCAGCCGGUGGAGAUCGAACGCACCACCUACGUGGACUUUGUGGAGAAAGAGAAGGAGCCGACCGGAGAGAAGACCAACAACGGGAUCCACUACAAACUGCAGCUGCUCUACAGCAACGGAGUGAGAACAGAGCAGGACCUCUACGUCCGGCUGAUCGACUCCAUGACCAAACAGCCCAUCAUCUACGAAGGUCAGGAUAAGAAUCCAGAAAUGUGCCGAGUUCUGCUGACCCAUGAGAUCAUGUGCAGUCGCUGCUGCGAUAAGAAGAGCUGUGGAAACAGAAACGAGACGCCGUCAGACCCCGUCAUCAUCGACAGGUUCUUCCUCAAGUUCUUCCUGAAGUGCAACCAGAACUGUCUGAAAAACGCUGGGAACCCACGAGACAUGAGGAGGUUCCAGGUGGUGGUGUCUACGACAGUGAACGUGGAUGGCCACGUUCUCGCCGUCUCCGACAACAUGUUCGUCCACAACAACUCCAAACAUGGCCGCCGAGCCCGGAGACUGGACCCGUCUGAAGCAGCCACUCCCUGUAUUAAAGCCAUCAGUCCCAGUGAGGGCUGGACGACGGGGGGAGCGACUGUCAUCCUGAUUGGAGACAACUUCUUCGAUGGGCUGCAGGUCGUCUUCGGCACCAUGCUGGUGUGGAGUGAGCUGAUCACCCCCCAUGCCAUCCGGGUCCAGACACCUCCCCGUCACAUCCCCGGGGUCGUAGAGGUCACGCUGUCCUACAAGUCCAAACAAUUCUGCAAAGGAGCACCUGGACGUUUUGUUUACACAGCGCUGAAUGAACCCACCAUAGACUACGGCUUUCAGAGGUUACAGAAGGUCAUUCCUCGUCACCCUGGAGACCCCGAGAGACUGCCCAAGGAGGUGCUGCUGAAGAGGGCGGCUGACCUGGUGGAGGCGCUCUAUGGGAUGCCUCACAACAACCAGGAGAUCAUCCUGAAGCGAGCGGCCGACAUCGCCGAGGCUCUCUACAGCGUCCCCAGGAACCACAACCAGAUCCCAUCGCUAGGAAACACCGCCUCCCAUGGCAUGAUGGGAGUCAACUCCUUCAGUGGACAGCUGGCUGUCAACGUCUCUGACACGACGCAAGUUGGCUACAGCCGUAACACCAGCAGUGUGUCGCCGCGGGGAUAUGCACCAAGCUCCACCCCUCAGCAAAGUAACUAUGGCAACACUGUCAGCAACAGCAUGAAUGGCUACGGCAACACUGGCAUGCCAAACCUCGGAGUGGCAACGUCUCCCAGUUUCCUUAACGGCUCCUCUGCCAACUCCCCAUACGGCAGUAAGUAUCAAGUCGUUCCCUCCAGUCCAACGAUGGCCGUUUCCAACUGUAACUCCUCCCAUGGAGUUUUCUCCUUCUCGGCUGCCGUCAAACAGAAGAGCGCCUUCGCUCCGGUCGUCCGACCAACAGCUUCACCUCCUCCUCCACCAAACUGCUCCAACAACACCAAUGGACUGCAAGCCAUGUCCAGCCUCGUCGUUCCUCCGAUGUAAAGAGUCUUCCUCCUCGUUCUUCGUCUCGCCCCUCCCUCUCAGCCACGAGCACCAAUCACCUCAGAGGAGGAGGGGCCUCUGGCAGCAGCUGGCCAGUCAGGACAGAGAAUCAAUGACUGAACAAAGCCUCCGGUCAGUAAAGAAGAGAAUUAGAAGGACUUUCUGUACAGCCGUUUUCUGCAGGUGCUUUCAGCUCUGUAAUCAUUCUGAUGUUAUGGUCUGUGUUUGGGGUUCGGGCCUAUUGGUGUAAAAACUGUGAUGUCACAGCUGUUACGUGACAUCAUCUCCUCUACUUGUGAUGUAAUUAAACAGGGAACAGUUCCAAAUCUGAAGGUUCUGGACAGUGAAGUCCAGCCAGUUCACCAAAUUCAUGUUUUGCAGGAUUUAAAUUCUAGAGCCUCCAGCUGUGCUGCUUCUGGCCAAUCAGAUUCCAGUAUGGUGACAUUUUAACUUGAUUUUAGUAGUUAAAUGUGAUGAAAAACAUAUUUCUGACUCAUAGUACAUAAAAGAUCUGAAACCAGAAUAAUUUUGGGCCUUUAAUUGUUUUACUAAACAAAGCACAGAAAUAUGAUGACAAAAGAACUCCUCUUACUAGCCCCGCCCCUUCUUCAUUUAGCCCCACCCUGCCUGUCUGUGUUUUUUUACUUAUUUUUAUCUAUGUAUUUAUUUUGAAUGCUCGCGCUGUAAAAACAAAUUCUGCAUCCUGAUAGGCUACUGUGACUAUCUGUCUUCUUGUUCAGAGUUGUCUUUUUUGUUCUAGUUCCUCCACCCCAAACCCGCUCCGAGCACUUAAACUCCGCUCUCGUAUCUCAAAGCCCCGCCCCGCCCGUCCGAAGCCCCGCCCCCGUGUUUUCUGUGGGUUUUGUUGUAGCUGGCUGAAUAUUUAUACGUCACUGUGGUUGAUCACGCCGCCCCCUGCCUGUCACUGAGCUCACUGAGGGGGAGUCUUUUUGUACCAUACAGAUUAUAAAUAGUGUAUUUAUAUCUCGGAUUGUUUUUGUAUAAAUGGAUGUUGAAUCAUGUUGUCUUCAUGGGGUUUUAGACAUGUGUGUGUAUGUGGUGGUGCCACACUGAAAAACAAACCAUUGUUUUGUAUCAAAAAAGAAAAGUGAAUGUUAAUGUCUUCACACAUUUAUAUCGCUGUCAAUCAAAGCUGACAUGUCCAAUCAGCUGCAGUUGUUUUUGUUUUUAAUGUAAAUCUU